UGUAGAGGCAGAGGCCAUGAUUCCGACUUAAUAGUAUAGAAGAGAACCAUGAAAACGUGGACUAUUUUACAAAGACAUGGCAAUAAAUAUCGUCAAGAAUAGUUUGGGAUCAUUUGGAAAAUAUUUACAAGCUGCUUCUGCAAUGAGAUAUUCUAUGGAGAUGUCACCGACAUAUAAAACGUUAGUGAUAACUAUCCCAAAACCAUUUGUUUACAUGGUCAAGCUGAAUAGGCCAGAGAAACUAAAUGCAAUGAACUCAACUAUGUGGAAAGAAUUUAAAGAAUGUUUUGAGGGAUUGUCAAUGAAUCCAGAUUGUAGAGUAAUUAUCCUGUCAGCUGCUGGCAAGACAUUUUGUGCAGGAAUUGAUUUGCAAGGAGUGAUGGAAAUGGGUCAAAGUUUAAUAGAACACGAGGAUAUUGCACGCAGAUCUAAAUUAUUGGAGUCUAAAAUUAAGGAUUAUCAAGAGUCAUUUACUGCUAUAGAAAAGUGCUCAAAACCUGUGAUAGCUGUUGUGCACGGAGCAUGCAUUGGUGCAGGCAUGGACAUGAUAUCCGCAGCUGAUAUACGUUAUGCUUCUUCUAAUGCAUAUUUUCAAAUAAAGGAAGUUGAUAUAGGCAUGGCAGCCGAUGUAGGUACGCUUCAGAGAUUUCCAAAAAUUGUAGGAUCUGACAGCUUGGUAAGAGAGCUCGUCUAUACAGCGCGAAAGUAUCCAGCUGCUGAAGCACUAGAAAGUGGGUUCAUAAGCCGCAUGUUAGAUGACGAGGAGAGCUUAUUGAAUAAAUCAAUAGAAGUUGCUGAAGAUAUUGCAAGCAAGAGUCCAGUUGCAGUGCAAGGUUCAAAAAUGAGCUUGGUAUAUUCCAGAGAUCAUUCUGUCCAAGAGGGAUUAGAUCAUAUUGCAAUGCAUAAUAGGGCAAUGCUUCAAAGUGAAGAUUUUUUGAAUGCAGCUAUGGCACAGGCUGUUAAAGGUGACCCUCCAAUAUUUUCAAAGUUAUAAAUUAUUUUAUUCUGGAUUUUAAUAUUCUUGAUACUUCCAAUGUGUG